AUGCAAGGAAAGCUCAAGGAGAUUGGUCUGAGCUCAAGGCACCUAAGGUCGACCUCAAACCUUUGCCUGAGGGCCUCAGGGAUCUCCCCUGACCUAUGCAUCCAUAGGAUUCAUCUAGAGGAUGAAAGUAAGUCAAGCAUUGAACCUCAAAGGAGAUUGAACCCCAAUCUAAAGGAAGUAGUGAAGAAAGAGAUACUCAAGUUGCUUGAUGCUGGGAUAAUCUAUCCCAUCAGUGAUAGCACUUGGAUAUCUCCAGUUCAUUGCGUCCCAAAGAAAGGGGGGAUCACUGUCAUUAAAAACGACAAAGAGGAGCUGAUUCCCACUAGAACAAUAGUGGGGCAUCGCAUGUGUAUUGACUAUAGGAAGCUAAAUUCAGCAUCUAGAAAGGAUCAUUUCCCUCUCCCUUUCAUUGAUCAGAUGUUAGAAAGAUUGGCAAACCACCCUUUUUAUUGUUUUCUUGAUGGCUACAGUGGUUUCUUCCAAAUCCCGAUCCACCCUAAUGAUCAGGAGAAGACCACUUUCACAUGCCCUUAUGGCACCUUUGCUUAUCGAAGGAUGCCAUUUGGGCUGUGCAAUGCUCCAGCUACUUUCCAGAGGUGCAUGACCUCCAUUUUUUCAGAUCUGAUAGAGGAGAUGGUAGAAGUCUUCAUGGACGAUUUCUCAGUCUAUGGAGCAUCCUUCUCCUCAUGUUUGUCUAACUUGUGCAGGGUGUUGCAGAGGUGUGAGGAGACCAAUCUAGUACUCAACUGGGAGAAGUGCCACUUCAUGGUUCGAGAAGGGAUUGUGCUUGGACACAAGAUUUCCGAGAAAGGGAUCGAGCUCGAUCGAGCUAAGGUGGAUGUCAUGUUGCAGCUCCCUGUUCCCAAGACUGUGAAGGACAUAAGGAGUUUUCUGGGUCAUGCAGGGUUCUACAGAAGAUUCAUCAAGGAUUUCUCAAAGAUAGCAAGACCCUUGACAAGGCUUCUGUGCAAGGAGACAGAUUUUGAGUUUGAUGAAGAAUGCCACAAGUCUUGGACCUUGCUGAAGGAUGCUCUGGUAUCUGCGCCAAUAGUUCAAGCUCCAAACUGGGAUCACCCAUUUGAGAUUAUGUGUGAUGCAUCUGACUAUGCAGUAGGAGCAGUGCUUGGCCAAAAGAUAGACAAGAAACUCAAUGUCAUCUACUAUGCAAGCAAGACUAUGGAUGAUGCUCAGUGCAAGUAUGCAACCACAGAGAAGGAGCUCCUUGCCAUAGUCUUUGCCUUUGAGAAAUUUCGAAGCUAUAUAGUUGGGUCCAAGGUGAUUGUGCACACUGACCAUGCUGCCCUUAGGCACAUCUUCGCUAAGAAAGAUACAAAGCCAAGACUUCUCAGAUGGAUCCUUUUGCUUCAAGAGUUUGACAUAGAAGUUGUGGACAAAAAGGGAAGUUUUGAUGAGAAAGCCAGGCUGGAAGAAGUUAAGGCUCUGCGUGAUGAGAAUUUGCCAUGGUAUGCUGAUAUAGUGAACUUCAUGGUGUCCGGAGAAGUCCCUAGUAGUUUUGAUGCUUACAAGAGGAAGAAAUUCUUCAAGGAUGCUAGGCAUUACUAUUGGGAUGAGCCUUACUUGUACAAGAGAGGACCAGACAGCAUUUACAGGAGAUGCAUAGCUGAAGAGAUGUACAAGGAGUUCUAG